GUUUCAAGAGAAGGAUCACUUGAAAGACCGGUGCGGACAUACUCAUCAGAGUCAUCACCAAACACAGUCCGCCUCAAGCAACCACCUCCAAAAUGGCGCCCAUUGUGGACAUUCACACACAUGUCUACCCUCCGAAGUACAUGGACCUCCUGCGAUCUCGCACAACAGUCCCCUACGUUCGCAACUUUCCUGACGCACCCGACUCAUCACGUCUGAUUAUUCUGCCCGGCGAAGAUGACCCGUCCAUGCCAUCAACCUCACGCGGGCGGCCCAUCGGCUCGGAGUACUUCGACAUCGCCAAGAAGAUCGAAUUCAUGGACCAGCACAGAAUUGACAAGAGCGUCAUAUCGCUUGCAAACCCAUGGCUAGACUUCCUGCCCGCCGAAGAAGCAGGCCAGAAAGCCGUGGAGAUCAACGACGACGUCAACGAGCAAUGCAGCCUGUACCCCGGGCGACUAUACUUCUUCGGUACCCUUCCCCUCUCAGCGGAUACAGCCACCAUCGUCGCAGAAAUUGAGCGCCUCUCGACACUCAAGUAUGCCCGUGGCGUAAUCCUCGGCACCUCAGGCCUAGGCUCCGGUCUCGACGAUGCCAACCUCGACCCCGUCUACGCUGCACUGCAAAAGCACAACCAGCUGAUCUUCCUGCACCCGCACUACGGGCUUCCUUCCUCCGUGUACGGACCCCGCGCAAGCGAGUAUGGCCAUGUGCUCCCCCUAGCCCUCGGAUUCCCGCUCGAAACUACCAUCGCGGUAACACGGAUGCUGCUCAGCGGCGUCUGGGACCGGCACACGGGGCUGAACGUGCUGCUCGCGCACUCUGGCGGUACGCUUCCGUUCCUCGCCGGCCGCAUCGAGAGCUGCAUUCUGCACGAUGGGCAUCUGAAGGCACACGGUAAGAUGCAGAAGCGCCGCGACCUGUGGGAUAUUCUGAAGACGAAUAUCUACCUCGACGCGGUCAUCUACUCGGAAGUCGGGCUCAAUGCGGCGGUUGAGGCGAGUGGUGCGGAUAGACUGCUGUUUGGAACAGACCAUCCGUUUUUUCCGCCGCUGGAGGAGGAUGCCAAGGAGUGGCAUAGUGUGAACGCAAAUUAUGGCGCGAUUUCGAAGGCAUUUGCGGACAGUGAUGUGAAGGCGCAGGGUGUGCUGGGCGGCAAUGCGGUGAGGAUACUGAGGCUUGAGGAUUGAGUAGUGGGAAAGUAGAGUUGCAAGUUGACAGAUGUGAGAAUGGGGAAGUUGAGGCAUAUGUUCAAGAAGUAAUUCUUUCGCCUAACUACGUAAGGACAUCGCAGUGGGUGUUGACGUUCCAGUUCUUAUACAGCAACCUGAAGGGAAAGUGUUGCGAUGUCAAGUGCAAAUGUAAAACGAGUGUAUUCUG